UUUGUAGUCAGGUUUUUGGUGGAAGUUUGGGAGCCAGCAGAUUUGGCUCCCAUGUGAAUCCAUACAGAAGUUAAUAGCGCCCUCUGCUGUAUUCAUGGGGCAUUGCUUUUUGUCGCUGUGAAAGAGUCAUCAUCCAGCGACAACGCACCUUAAACUCCGCACAGGGAGCCAACAUGUUGCUUUUUAAUGAGCAGAGGGGAUGAAUAAAAAUACAACAGAGCUGCCUUUGAAGGAACAUGGGUGUAAACGUCUUCCUGAAGGCUUCUGGUCAGCGGUGGAGGUGUGGGUGAAGAAGCCCCAUGUUGUUAACAAGCGUCUUUGUGGAGCUACAGAGACGGAGAGCAGAGAUGUGGACAUAGAGGACCUGAGGAUCCUGCUGGAUAAAAACGAUGAAGAAUCGCUCCAGGAUGUGUUUCUGCUCCUCUGCAGCGGAGUCUCACCUUCAAACACACACCAAAAGGACAAACCCUGGUCCUCCACUGUCAGGACCUUUAUUCCCAAAGUGAACUGUUAUGGCGCAAAGCAGCAGAAAGAAGUUGUACUAAAAGACUCUGACAGACAACAUGUGACCUUUCUUCCUUUUGAGGAGGACGCAGCAGCAGGGAGGGUGUCCUUAAAGAAAUGCAACAUUUAUCAGAUCAGGCUCUGCAGUCCGGGCAGUGAGCGAUGGGCGUUGGAGCUGCACGUGUUGACGUCCGACGGGUGGUUCUCUGAUGGCGUCGCCUAUCCCAAGCUGCCCUGGCUGUCCUCAGAUCUGCUGCCCAAACUGGUGCGCUGGGCUGCAGAGUCCAAGAGCAGCGAGUUCAAGAGCACGCUGUCUCUGCUGCCGGUAGAGAAGUACAGCCUCAUGUACCAGCAGCUGAAGGAGAAGUACAAGAGCAUGGUCAAGGUCUGGCCUGAGGUUACAGAUCCUGAGAAGUUUGUGUUUGAGGAUGUUGCUAUUGCUACUUAUCUCCUGGUGCUGUGGGCUGAGGAAAGAACAGUGGAAAGUCUCAGUGCCCCACAGUCCUUUGUGGACCUCGGCUGUGGAAACGGCCUCCUGGUUCACAUAUUGACCAAUGAAGGGCACCCAGGGAAGGGCAUCGACGUCCGCAGGAGGAGGAUCUGGGACAUGUACGGGCCUCAGACUGUGCUGGAGGAAAAGGCAAUUACUCCCAGCGAGAGCUUCUUAUUCCCGGGUACGGACUGGCUGAUUGGGAACCACUCGGACGAGCUCACGCCGUGGAUCCCCGUUAUAGCGGCCAGGUCGUCCUACUCCUGCCGUUUCUUUGUCCUCCCGUGCUGUUUCUUUGACUUCUACGGCAAGUACCAGAGGCGCCAGUGUAAGAAGUCUCAGUAUAAAGAGUACAUCGACUUCAUCGCAGAAGUUGGCCUAGUCUGUGGCUUUGACACAGAAGAAGACUGCCUGAGAAUACCCUCCACCAAACGUGUGUGUCUGGUGGGAACGUCGAGAAGCUACAAGCAGUCCGACGAGGCCGAGUUCGAGCAAAGAAGAACUUGUUACAUCCGGAGCCGCCAGACCUCCGCAGGAGCAGCAGUCCAAAGUUCAGGGGUCGGUAAAAACAGGGAUUCUUGCCAUGGGAGCACCGACUGUGAGGGGACCUCAGGGACCACAUGGGAAGGUGGUUUCCGGCCCAGAAGCGGUGUCGAAGCGGUUCGCAACUGCGCAGCUCUACCGCGGGAUUUUGUGGAUGGAAUCGUCCUGAAGGUUGCCGACACUCUACUGGGAAUGUCAGAGGGAACGCCCCUCGGUGCCUGGAACAAAGGAGGUAGCCUUUCUGUGAGAGAGGUGGCUGCUUUGUUGCAGCAGGAAACCCUGCAGCUGCUGAAGAAAGAGUGUGGAGGCCUUCAGACCCUGCUCAAGAACAAUCACCAAGUCUUUAAAGUGGAAGGAGGCACAGUGUACAUCAGAGACUGGAGGGACAGGACAGAAAGCCGGAGGAGGCCUGCCGUACCUGGUGCUCUAAAAACCCGUCUCUGCUGGUUUCAUGCCCACCACCCUCAGGGCUGCCCCCUGCAGGAGCAAAACUGCUGCUUUGCCCACGGAGCGGAUGACCUUCGACCUUCAACAAGGCCUCUAAAGAAGUUAAAGAACUUUUGACUGGAUCAGUAUCUUCUAAUUACUUUUUAUUUUUAUUUUGAACUGUUUUAAUCAUUUUCGAGUCCAAGACUGAAUUUUUCAAUUACCUGGAGCCCUGCAGACCUGAAGGAGAAGAGGGUCAGCUCUAAUGGCUGUGUUUAGUUAAUUUCAUGACAUAAAAAAAUGGAUUCUGUGUGAGGCUUAAAGAUUCCCUCUGGUUUAUUAAAAGGUUUUAAUUUCA